UCAGCGGUCUGCCGAAGCUGUUUAGACACGAGACAUCUUGGCCGUCAAAAAUCGCCAUCGCGUCUCGUGAUGCGUUCACUCCUUCGCUCAGAGCCGGAGCGCGACCUAGAAGAUCGAGGAUUAUUGGAGGAGGAGCAGAGCAAGUCUUCAGGACGCAAGAUCUACUUGGUACUUGGGGCCUUUACCCUUGUGGCUUUCUGUGGCCUUGCCGCUGCGGUCUUUGCCCCCAAGAACUCAGUGGUGAUCAAUGGAAAGGCUGCCAUUUCCUUGGCGCAAAAACAGAAAUCAACGAAGAGCAUCUCGGAGCAAAUCAAAGAUCCCCACUGCGAGGAUUUUCCCUCGCUGGAUAUCCUUGAGGUUACUCACAACAACCUUGCCAACAUGGGUCCGGGCAGUGGGAGGGAGGGGAUUGAGUACCAUGCCAAAACCUGGGACGGCAAGGAGAUUUACAUGGAUCUUCAUGCAAAAGCAGCUUUCAAGUCUGAUGACCCCAAAGACUUCGGAAUGCAUGGUGCCUACGGCACGAUCAACGUUGCUGGCAACUCAGAGGCAUGUAUUGAGGUCAGCUUCAGGGACUUCAAGACCAAGAAGCCCGCUUUGUUGGAUGACUUUUCCCUGAGCUUCUUCGACAUUGACCAUGGCAAAGGAACGAAUGGUUUGGAGGCUUUGACCAUCGAGGGUGACUGGUCAAUGGCUGUGGUUGCCAAAGACACCACAGUCCUUGUGCAUCACACAGAAGGAAAUGAGCGCAGGAUCACCUUCCAGGCUACAAAUAGAUCACAAGUCUUGGAUGACCCCUCGGACCCCAAAGUGUUGACCAUGAACCAGUACAACAAAGCCAUCACCGUUCGCUUCCAACAUGCAAACAAGUUCUUUCUUGGUAUGCACGUAAAGACAGCUGCUAGGUUUGCCCGUGUCUUCGAGUUCAUUGGUGUUGCUUCAAUCCUUUGUGCCAAGAGCCCCACUGGUGGUACGCUGCCUGUUGGGCAAGUGUACGUGAAUGAGAAUCAAAUGAAGAAAGUGGGCGGCAUGGUCGAGGAGGAGACGAAUUGGUGGUGGGUGCUGGCAGCCCUGAUUUUGGGCGCACUAUUGGCAGCUCUCAUUUUCUUGUUCCUGCCCAAGAAGGAUCCAGAGUAUCGUGAAAUCGUUCGUGAAACGGUGGCAGCUCCACCGCCUCCGCCGCCGAAGCAAGGACCUGGAAUCUAUGCUGCAGCCUUUGCAGCUGGGCCAGGGACAAAGCUUGGCUUGCACCUUGAUGCUCCACAUGGCAUCAACCAGCCUCCAAUGAUCAAGAAGAUUUUGGAGGGUGCCGUGCAGCGCUUCAACACUUUGGGCAAGCCCAAUGCCAUUGAGCCCUAUGACAUGAUCAUCAAAGUCGGAGAUGUGUCUGAUCCAUCGCAGAUCAUGGUGGAACUCAAAAAUGGAUUGCCAGAGGAUGCAAAGCUGACGUUGGAUCGGCCUGAAAAGAUCGAGGCCAUGAUUGAAGGUGAUCUGGGCGUGAAGCUGGAUGCAAUGGAAGAUUCAUAUGGCGCAGUGAUCAUGGAGAUUGAACCCUCAGGAUCCAUUGCAAAAUGGAACAAGGAGAAUCCUACCAAGAAGAUGAACAAAGGUGAUAGGAUUGUCUCAGUGAACGGCAACACCUUUGACCCCAAACGAGGUUGGACAGUUCGCGCUGACAAGUCCGAAAAAUCUGGAGGAGGAACCCCAAAGAAGAGUGCCUCCUUUGGUUCUCGCAUGAAUUCCAGAUUCUUGGAGGAAAUCGCAGAGUUCAAGGGCAAGGAGAUUGAAGUGACCAUGCUCAAGUACAUCACCUUUGAGAAGUGAGAGCUAGAUCUGAGCCAAGCUCCAGAUGUGAGGCGUGAACAAUGUUUAUUUCUUCCUCACCUUCUGCAACUGUGCGACUUGCGACACUUCUUUGGUGGCAAAGACUAGCU